AAUUACUGUACUUAUCAAUCAAAUCGUUUUGAUAGAUUUAUCGUAUGUUGUGUAAAGAGUAGCCAUUCUCAAGUUCAAGGACAGUACAAAAUAAUUGUCUGCAGUGAUCAGUUGGCAAAAACAUUAUAGAAAUGAUUCCAGAUUUUCUACGCUCUCUUCUCUGCAUCACUAUCACAUUUUUGUUAGGCAAUAACCCAGCCCACAUUUCACCGUUCCCAACGGGCAAUUGCACCCUCUGUUGUCCUAUUCAACCUGAUCAAGAUAUCCAGUAUCAGCUUUAUACCAGACGCAACCCGACCAUCCCUAACAUCCUGGCAAUCAAUGACGCGACAACCUUGCAAAGGAGCAGCUUUAACAGAAGCAAUCCGACCAUAUUUUACAUCCAUGGAUACAGCGAACGGGCACCGGGGCUGAGCGCGGCGACGAUACGCGAUGCGUAUCUAAGGCGCGGGGAGUACAACGUCGUCCUCGUGGAUUGGGGCAAAUUGUCGGCACUUCCGUGGUACAUUACGGCCGUAGGGAACACCAAGAUUGUUGGACCCCAUGUAGCUGGUAUGGUCAGAUGGUUGGACGCCCAGGGUGCCGUUCCGGCUUCCCGUGUCCACGUGAUAGGGUUCAGUCUGGGUGCUGAGGUGGCUGGUUUCAUGGGGAAGUCUCUCACCCGGCAGCAGCAGGUGGGAAGAAUAACCGGACUUGAUGCCGCCUUUCCUCUGUACAUGGAUACGGGAACCGAUGGACACUUGACCUCGACUGACGCAAACUUCGUUGACGUUAUUCACACCGAUGGUGGCAUAUUUGGCUUCCCUUCGCCUCUUGGUCACGCCGACUUUUACCCAAACGGUGGAAGGCCCCCCCAGCCAGGAUGUGCAGCCGAAAACAUCAUCUUCGAUGGAAUAACACGCGUCCUUAAUCAAUACAUUGCAUGCGGACAUAAUCGUGCCUGGCAGUUCUACGCGGAAUCGAUUGAAGAUCCGAACGGAUUUCCCGCCAGCAGAUGUGCCAGAUGGAGGCCAGAGAUUCCCGGUAUCUGCACGUGGACUCCGGACGCUCGGAUGGGAUUCGCUGCCGACAAUAGGGCUCGCGGUAUGUUUUAUCUCAGGACAAACGCCCAGCCGCCAUUUGCCAGGAACACGACGGGAUACGGCAUCAGGAGAUGAGCUUGCAUCGACAA